AGAUUCUAGGUCUGGCAACGCUAAAUAAAUGACAACUUUUUUCUGCCAUGUGGCAACGUCUUCCAAGAAAAAGCAUAAAUAAAAUAAAUAAAAAUAAAGACAAUUAAUAAGUAACAUAUAAGUAAGUAUUGAAAGACAAGCAGUUCAGUCAACAACAUAAGCAUUACUUGCAAGUAAUUACUACAAGUAAACCGAAGGUUGAGUGGACAAAGAAGGGCGGAGGUUGCAUGAACUAUUUAACAAUUUUGCUGUGCAAUCGAAAACCGACGAUGCUCUCGCGCCGGAGCAAGGAGAAAUCGCAGGCACAUAAAGAGGGCGUAGUGGGAAAGUAUGUGAAGAAGGAUACACCGCCGGAGAUACCGGUGAUUAAUGUAUGGACUUCCUAUUCGGAUCAACAUCAGCGGGCAAAAAAGAAAUCUCUACAGAGAUGCGCGAGUAGCUCGCCAAGUUGUGAGUUUAAGCCGCGCAGCUCGAGCACUAGUCGCAACACGUACUCCUGUAAUGAUACUCAGCCGGACUACUACCACGCGCGGAGAGCUCAAAGCCAGAUGCCACUCAAUAAUCCACAUGGACAUCAGCCAUCUCCUGUCACACAAUUUCGAGCUGCCAGUAAUCAACUGAGCCAAGGAAACAGUAGCAACUACGUAAACAUUGAGCAGAUCGAUCGCAUGCGGCGUCAACAGUCUUCGCCGUUGUUGCAAACACCAACGAGGGGCUUCCAGCGAACCUACUCUACCCAAAAGCACUCGCAUCCGCAUGUUGCGACCACCAGCUACGAUGCCGAUCAGGGGCUACUAAGUGCCUCUUAUGCAAACAUGCUACAAAUACCACGGCGACCUCCCUCGCCACCCCAUUUCGCCAUACAGCAGCAGCAGCAACAACAACAGCAUCUCCACCAGCAACAACCGCUCCAACAUCCUUCGACCUAUGGAUCGAUGUUACGUUUCGAGCCGUCAGCAAUGCCAGCAAAGGAUCACCAGCCACGGUAUCCCCAGACAAGAUCACCUCUGGAGCAACAACAACACCAUCAACAGCAGCAGCAACAAUUGGCUGCUCAUAUGAUUGGAAGUUACUCUAGCGAUUCGUACCCAAUCUAUGAGAAUCCCUAUCGCGUCUCCUCGAUGCGCGUAACACAAUCACAGCGAUCCGAAUCGCCCAUAUACAGCAAUACAACAGCAUCAUCGGUAACGCUUUCUGGGACUCCACAUCAUCAUCAGCACUUGGCAGUGCCUUCGAGUGGUUCUCUGCGUGUUAGUGGACGGGAUGGUAGCUCUGGGAGCGUGCGUGGAGUCUCUACCUCAGUUCAGUCCUUGUAUGCGCCACCACUUACUCCGCCUGCAUCCAGUACUUCAACUGCUGGCGAUAACAAUGGUAACGGAGCAUUGCAAAAGGUCUCAUCACAGCAGUCGCUAAAUGAAAGCGAGGAGCUGCCACUGCCGCCCGGUUGGGCCACACAGUAUACGUUGCAUGGUCGCAAGUACUACAUUGACCACAACGCACACACCACUCAUUGGAAUCAUCCGCUGGAGCGCGAGGGUCUGCCUGUUGGCUGGCGUCGUGUGGUCUCUAAACUGCAUGGCACCUACUAUGAGAACCAGUAUACUGGCCAGUGUCAACGGCAGCAUCCAUGUCUUACAUCCUACUACGUUUACACGACAUCGGCAGAGCCUCCCAAGGCUAUAAGGCCUGAGGCGCCAUUGUAUGCACCUCCUUCGCAUACCCACAAUGCUUUGGUGCCAGCCAAUCCCUAUCUCCUCGAAGAGAUACCCAAAUGGUUGGCUGUCUACUCAGAGGCGGACUCAUCCAAGGAUCAUCUGCUGCAGUUUAACAUGUUUAGUUUGCCCGAACUUGAAGGCUUUGAUAGUAUGCUGGUGCGUCUCUUCAAACAAGAGCUGGGCACAAUUGUCGGUUUCUAUGAGCGAUAUCGUCGCGCUUUAAUACUCGAAAAGAACCGCCGAGCAGGUCACAACAACCAGCAAUGACUCACAGAUAGAUGACUGCAAUGAGUGUCUGGAAUACAAAGCAACUUCAUGAACACGCUAGGAUAUAGUCGAAAAUCCAUACGUAUACGCCGCAUAACACAUAGGUUCAUGUUUAAGAAACCUAUUUAUUUAUUAUUUACAUUCAUUUAGAGCCAUUCUUUGAAUGUUUUGUUGUGGUGUCAGUUGGUAAACUGUGAUAUAAUUUGACUUAAAGCUAUGCAAAACUUGAUCAAGAAUAUACAUGACUCUCUGAUAUCAUUCAGCUAAACAUUUUAAGAAUGGCCUUUGAUUAUUUAUGAAGCAUACGUUCUCAACUUUGGUUUAAUGUGACUUUGCGCCUGGAAAGCGAAAUUUAUUCAUAACAAUUUAUGUUAAACUUUAUUUAUUAUGUUC